GAUAUCAGUACCACCUAUACCACUGACAGCAGUACCACCGUUGCCACUGACAGCAGUACCACCGUUGCCACUAACAGCAGUGUCAGCUACGAAAGGAGGGCGCGAACAGCAGCCGUGGAACACUAACAGCUGUAGCAACAGCAGCAGCAGCGGCAACAAGAUUUCAACCAGCAUCAACAGCUACAAUACCAAUCGUAAUAGUACGAGCAGCAGUACCAACAGCUGUAGUAGCAAUAACAGUGACAGGAACAGCUGAAACAGUACAAGCAGCAGGAGCAGUAUCAGUCUCACCAGUACAAGUAGCAGCAACAGCAGCAACAUCCGCAACAGCACAACGGGAACACAGUCACAAGCAGCAAUAACAAGAACAAUAUCAGCAGCAACACCAUCAACAGUAGCAACGGUAGGAGGAGUAACAGUAGCAACAGCAGCAUCACAGACAACAGUCUUCCUCCAUGUGCAUUUGGAUCUGCGCCUUCGUCGUCUUCGGGAGCUGCUUGUAAGUGCUUGAAGCCGCGAGAAGGCCAAGAUGGCGUGGAGACAUCGCUCCAAGGAUGAGAAGAUACUUAUUCGUGUCAUAGGGUUUCUUGUCUUCGCUCUUAUGUGCUUCAUCGCCGCUGUCGUAAUCAUGGACCUAACCUUCAAAGCCAAGAUCCAGAAGCUGGAGGAUGAGAUAGAUGAUCUGAAGAACACCACACCACCUCCCUUCACCACCACCACCACCGCCAGUACCGACACCACCGACACCACAGACGAACCCGUCGACACCACCACCACAACAACAACAACAUCUGUCGACACCACUACCACUGAACCCGAUGACACCACUACUACCGAACCUACAGACACCACCAUCAUCACCACCACCACCACCAUCACACCCAACAAAUCUACCAAACCUAACACUGGCGAAUCCCAUAUAGUUCGAAGUGCGGCUCAAAAGAAGAGGACAAAUAGCCCUCCGGGUCGUCUACUGGAGGCUCUAGAGUCGUUAUUAUACGACUUUUCGGGACAUACAUCGUCGUCCAAGAACGUGGAGAUCAUAAGUGAGGGUCAGGGAGUGUUGAGACGCACACAUGGCAGGUUCGUCAUCAUGGCAGACGUCCAACACGAAGAAUCCCAACCAACCCAGAGUACAUCACAUCCCAGCCAAAACAUCGACAGCUUAGAGGAUUCGACUCUUGAUAUAGACAGUACUACCGUUGCUCCUGUUGGGCAGGAGGUCGACAUCCUGGAAAGCACAACAGAUCAGUCACCAGCACCGGAGACUGGUGAAACCGAUGAUGAGGAUUUAGAUGCGGAAUAUUCUGGGGACUCGAGCACACAAGAUAACCCAAAGGCGACAUAACAGCAGUGAGAGAGAAGCAUCAAGUGAAAGCCUCACACUAUCUCAUUGUUACUGUAUAAUAAUAAUUAAAAUUACAAUAAUAUAUACAA